UUGUAAAGCACGUGAUAACCUACACAGAGAAAACAUCAAUCAUGACAUUCAAAUUCUUGAUCAAAAAUCUGCUGUUUACACUCGUGGUUCAUUGGUCGAAUUCAUGGCCGUUAAGUGGCGAUAGAUCUUCCAUCAAACAUGCAUGUUCCGAACUCGCCGGUUGUGAGCAGGGGUGUGUAUUGAACAACAACAAACCGCAGUGCUUCUGUUAUCCGGGUUACACAUUGCAGACAAAUGGACAAUCGUGUAAAACGACGAGGAGCCCUCAAAGUGCUGCCCGGGUUAAAAACAACGUUCCAAUAUCACUUUCAGACGUGUUCACUCACAAAGAAGAGGGGUGUCGAGGGGAUAUGUGCCGAAAUGUUAAGUUUUAUCCUGAACACGACAGGAAACCAAAUUUUAAGGAGUUAUGUCCUCCUAAUUUCCGCUCUGUUGUCACAAAUGGUGUCAGGGUAUGUGUGGAUCCAUCAAACAUUAACAAUUUUCCAAAUCCCAAGGUAAAGAACACGUCCCACAAAAAGCAGAAUCUCAAUAGAAAGUUAAACAUCAGUAUGUCUGAAAAACUAUUUAGAAUUGCAAGACAAAACGCUAAAAAGGAGCUUUAUAGGAUACCAGAGCAUAACAGCUCAUCUCAAAGUCCCCAACAUCUAGCGAUCAUUCGAAAGUAUUCUGAACGACAACAAAGGCCAAGAUGCCAAAAUGACGAAGUCUUAGUUCCAACUGUCAACGGCGUAGUAUGUCGCAAACAAUGUGAGCCUGGUCAAGUUGUGCGGGAAGAGCAAGGCAUCAAAACGUGCGUCAAUCUUCCCUUCAAAAUCACAGACAAUCCAUGUCCAGAAGGUCACAGACCAACGCAGACGACAAUCGGCAUUGUGUGCGAGAAACAUUCGGAAACCAAGAUAGGCAACAUCCAAGCAGGCAAACCCCUGUGCACCGCCGGCGAACGUCUGGUUCAUUUACAGACUGGUCCGGUGUGCAUUUCAUCAAAAUCAAGGCGUCCAGUUUGUAAGGAUGGAGAAGAUCUUGUUCAGUUAAGGAAAGAAUUUUACUGCGUUUUGUCAAAACCAGAGGUAAAACCGAAAUGUAAUUCCCAAGAGGAGGAGAAACACUCGGAUCAGGGUACAGAGUGUCGUCCUAAAGCUUGUGCCGACGGAUUAAUUCCUGUAAAGACUCCAGUGGGAACAGUUUGUCAAUUCGAUUCACAGAGCAUCCCAGCAGUGGAAACAAAGCAAUGCGCCCCAGGACAGACCUUAAUAACAACAGAAGACGGACCGGAAUGCUGGUUUAUUUCAGAUUCAAAGAAACGUGAAAUCAUUUGUCCACCUGGUCAAGUUCUAGUCGGAGGAACCACUUGUAAAGACCCUAUGUUAAUAUCUCCAGACGAAGUAUCGUGUCCACUGGGACAAGAGUUAGUAAUGACGCUCAAUGGCGCCGAGUGCCAGUAUCGGCGCUCUCAGUCCAAUGAACUGCAGCAUACCCAUAUAACGCGUUGUCCAGAGAGAGAGGUUCUUACAUUGGAAUCGGACAAGUUCGUUUGUUACCCGACGGAACAUGACCUUACAGACGUAAUUUGCGAUGCUGGACACGUGAUCGUCCAGGGGCACACAAAUAUUUUAGAGUGCGUCUCAGAGGAACAAACAAAUCUGGUUUGUGAGUUUGGUUUAGUGCUAACCCGCACUGUCCACGGUUAUUUGUGUGAGCAACAUACGAAAACAGGUUCUCCUGUCCCAAUAAGUGACUGUGGACCAGGACAGGCUUUAGUGGUGGAAGGAGAUAGAAAAAUGUGCGUGGGCGUGGAGAAUAAUGUCCAUCUCUGUGGGCCAGGGCACGAGGCAGUGCUGGGUAUUUCGGGGGAGGUCAUAUGUAGAGCUUCACCAACGCCACCUACAGAAUCGAGUGAUGUCAUUCAACCCUGUUCUGACGAAUGCUUAGAUACGAAAUGUGGUUCGGGUUUAGUUCCUGGACCUGGAAAGGGGUGUUUGGAUAUUGAAACCAUCCGGAAAAUGGAAUGUGUCCCAGAAUGUGCUAACGGUGGCUCUUGUAAAAAUGGACAGUGUGAUUGCCCUCCCGGACUAUCUGGUACAGCUUGUCAUGAAGACGUGGACGAAUGUGCCAGAUUGCCAUUGGACCAUUGUCAUUUUUCCUGUAGGAACACCUUUGGAAGUUUUCAUUGUGUCUGCGCAAAUGGUUUCACCCUAAGUCCUGACGGACGAACAUGCAUUGAGGAGCACUGCUUCCCAGGGUGCCUCAAUGGCGGAGCGUGCGUGGGUGGUAAAUGUCAAUGUGCGGACGGAUUUUCGGGAUCUCUCUGUCAGGAAGACGUGAAUGAGUGUGUAAAGUACUCUAAUCCCUGUGAACACCGGUGUCGCAACACGUAUGGGUCUUUCUUCUGUACCUGUCCCCAAGGAAGUCGCCUGAGGGAGGAUAAAAGGACUUGUCAGAGCUCAACGUGUAACCCAAACUGUAUCAACGGCGGUCGUUGCCUUAACAACCGAUGCAGGUGCGCGCCGGGAUAUUACGGGAUCAUUUGUCAACUAGAUAUUGAUGAAUGUUAUUUGAACCCAUGCGAACACAAAUGUGUGAAUACAAUUGGGAGUUACUACUGUGCUUCAGAAGAUAGACAAGACCCAGAUACAAACAAACACACGUGACUAAUUUAACUGGUACAAUAAUUCAAAGAGUAUAUGUUUUCUUAUGAUUCCCUACAUUAACUCGUAAAUAUGUAGGACCGUUAUGAUAUCAUCUCCGUACACACGGUCUCCAUCACAGUUACGUCAACGUUUUAAUUUCUAAUGGCUUUCCAUUGGACAUUUAUGUGUGUGUUCACCAACCAUUGAAUAGAAUUUAAUAUAGUACAUAUAGGUCUACAUUGUAUUUACGUUACAGUACUGUACAAUACGUAAUCCUCCUACAACAAUGAUCGAUGUACAUCGUGCUGGAUAUUAUUUCAUUUUUUAUUUACCGCGUAUAUCAUUCAUUUGUUAACGAACUAUACUUUAAUAAUUUCCUUCAAGGAGGUUGUGCUUUCAGUUUCAGUUUAUGUUUAAUUUUAUUUACAUUAAACUAGCCACUCGGCUUUAUGUUAUUCUUUUCACAAUAAAUCAACAUGAUGAAAA